AUGAAUUAUUAAAAGCCGUCCUCUUUUUAGAGACCACAUCUCAUUCGUUUCAUCUGAUUCAAGACGUCCUGCAAGACACAAGAACACAUAAUGGAAUUAGAGGCCAUUUACAAUAGUGAUGAUUAUGAUUCUGAAGUAUCUGGACCUCGAACACAAAGUCACUGCAGAGGCGAAGGAAAACUUGAGAAGCUCAGAGGCAGCAGAUGUGUGUUGUUGGUGUUGGUGAUCCUGGGGUUCAUUUGUGCUCUUCUGCUGCUCUUCAUCACACUGCAGCACAUCAGCAUCACAGCAGAGAGAGACCUGUUAAAGACUUACAAGAACACAGUUGAAGAGCUCAAUCACACCAUCAGCAGCUUACAGCACAACAACACUGAUCUGAAGACUGACAAACACCAACUGGAGGACAAAAUCAAUGAUCUCAGUGCUCAGAAAAAACAGUUACAGAACAACUUCAACUCUCUAAAUCAGAAGAAACUGGAGCUAGAAAACAGAGUCACGUCAUUGAAUGAUGAACUGAUAGAGGCUUCUAAAAACGAAACUCUGUGUGGUCUGGAUCGAUUGUUUUUCUCUGAUGAGGCGAAGAGCUGGUCUCAGAGCAGGCAGUUCUGCAGGGAUCGUGGAGCUGAUCUGGUCAUUAUUAAGAGUGAAAAGAAGCAGAAAAUUGUAUCAUUAUUAGUCAAUGAGAGAGUGUGGAUCGGUUUGUCUGACAUCGAGAGCGAGGGCAAUUUAACAUGGGUGGAUAAUUCAACACUGAAUCAAGGGUUCUGGCGUAAAGGUGAGCCAAAUGAUGAACAUGGAAUUGAAGACUGUGUUGAAAUAAUGGGUUCCCAUGGUUUUUCUGCCCUGAACAACUGGAACGAUCUGCCGUGCUCACAAAAGAGAAAAGCGAUUUGUGAGAAAUAACGUUCAUCUCUGACCUUUAUAAUUUUACAGAAUCAACUUGUAAAUGUUUCUGUCUUCAAUUCUCAUU